AUGACAGAACAAGCUGACAGAAACUCAGGGUCACCAAGUUAUGGACACCAGGAACAUGCUUGUGAGAGCAGCGGGACUGGACUGAGCUGCCGAGGUGUGGGAACUGACGUCAGCGCGGCUUAUCAUCAGGGAGAACGAACAAGAAAUUUGAGAACCACUGUUACUCUAAACACGGUGCUGACUGUGCUAAGUAGCCGCCUGUCACCUGUGGUGAGAGCCAGGAAGAGAACUUGUGUAGAGCCCUGGGUUAUUGGCCUCAUCUCUUUUUUAUCCCUGAUUGUCCUUGCUGUGUGUAUUGGACUCACUGUUCACUAUGUCAGAUACAAUCAAAGGAGGACCUACCAUUACUACAGCACAUUGCCAUUCACAAGUGAUAAGCUGUAUUCUGAAUUUGGAAGAGAAGCUUCUAAAAAUUUCACAGAAAUGAGCCAGAGAAUUGAAACUAUGGUGAAAAAUGCAUUUUAUAAAUCUCCACUGAGGGGACAGCUUGUCAAGGCUCACAUCAUCAAGUUCAGUAAAGAAUACGAUGGAGUGUCGGCUCACAUGCUACUGAUUUUUCGAAUUCGCUUGACUGAGGACCCUGAAGCUGUGCAUCAAAUUGUUGAACAUGUUCUGCAUGAAAAGCUGAAAUAUGUUCCAGGACCCCCCAGUGUAGAUCCUGAAUCAGUUGAAAUUAAAAAAAUCAACAAGACAGAAACAGACAACUAUCUCAACCAUUGUUGUGGGACACGGCGGAAUAAAUCUACAGCACAGACUAGUCUCAGGAUUGUUGGAGGGACACAAGCAGAAGAGGGAGAAUGGCCAUGGCAGAGUAGCCUGCAGUGGGAUGGGUCUCAUCGCUGCGGAGCAGCUUUGAUCAAUAACACAUGGCUUGUGAGUGCUGCUCACUGCUUUCGAACGCACAAGGACCCAUCCAGAUGGACUGCUUCCUUUGGGGCAACAAUACAACCUCCAAAACUGAGGACAGGCCUUCGGAGGAUAAUUGUUCAUGAAAAAUACAGCUACCCAUCACAUGACUAUGACAUUGCACUGGCACAGCUUUCUAGGCCGGUCCCCUGCACAAAUGCAGUGCACAAGGUUUGUCUACCCGAUGCAAACCAUGAAUUCCAUUCGGGGCAGAAGAUGUUUGUGACAGGAUUCGGAGCAUUGCAAAAUGAUGGAUUUACCCAGAGUCACCUUCGGCAAGUACAGGUGGACUACAUAGACACUCAAACCUGCAAUCAACCUCAAGCAUACAAUGGCGCCAUCACUCCUAGGAUGUUGUGUGCUGGCUUCUUAAGAGGAGGGAAAGAUGCAUGCCAGGGUGACUCUGGCGGACCACUGGUUGCUCCAGAUGUUAGAGAUAUCUGGUACCUUGCUGGAAUAGUGAGCUGGGGAGAUGAAUGUGCCCAACCAAAUAAGCCUGGUGUUUAUACCAGAGUGGCUGCCUUUCGGGACUGGAUUGCAUCAAACACUGGUCUCUAA